AUGUCGCAAGAGUUUGUCGGUCGUUGGAAGCUCGUCCACUCGGAAAACUUUGAGGAGUACAUGAAGGAGGUCGGCGUGGGACUGAUCACCCGCAAAGCGGCCGCCAACCUCAAGCCGACCCUGGAGAUUAAGGUCGACGGAGACACGUGGCACUCGAAUCAGUAUUCCACCUUCAAGAACACCACACUCUCCUACAAACUCGGACAGGUUAGUGAGGAAAAGUGCGCGGAUAUUGUAGGCCUAGUGAAAGAGAGACGACAAUUGUGCUGUGUGAUUGUUUGGUGAAAAGAAGAAAGCGAAAAGUGCAAACAAUGAUAGUUCCCAGACAUGAUUUUCAAAAAGUGUUGUGACAGAAUGGCAUCGAUUUUGUUAUAAAUUAUAAAUAGACACAUUGUGGACGCAGAAAGGCUCAGAGCUCAAAUGAAUCUGAAAGUUACGGUUUCCGUGCCGCAAACCGAUUAUCGAUUUUGUAGGAGUUUGACGAGACGACCCCGGAUGGCCGCACCGUCAAAUCGAUUGUGACGUACGAGAACGGAAAGUUCACGCACAUCCAGAAGAACGCCGCCGGAGAGACCGUUUCGGUGAUCUUGCGCUUCCUCGACGGCGACAAACUCGUGACGACCCUUCAGGCCGGAUCCGUCGUGUGCCGUCGCGAGUACGCCCGCGAGUAA